AUGGCUGAAUAUCUAUCGGCAGCGCAUUAUGACGUCUUCACCAACUCUUCGCAGUUCAUGGCGAUCUACGACUCCGACAAGGAAAUGUUCGUCGAACUCAAUGGUGCCCUGAAGACGAGAAUGGGGUCGGCGCCGAUGGGCACGAUCAAAGUACUUGUUACCUCAGAAAAAGCCAUUUACCUAACGCUUUCGGGAAUCCCCUGUCGUUUACAAAAAAUAGUCAAUCUUACACCACAUGUUCACAUAGUGGAAAUCUUUCCGGCCCACACCAAGACGUGGGAGCAGAGCUCGGACCUUGUGCAACUCACGGACCUCACUUCGGACGGCGUGUGGGAGUGGUUCCCCCCUCUCAACUUUGAGUACAUGAGUCAGCGAUACUGGGACAUUCUGGGGUACGACCAGAAGGAGAUGCAUGAGAAACAAAACGCGUGGAUGGACCUCAUCCAUCCAGAUGACCUGCAAAGAGUGCUGAAAAUGAGCGACGACCACGUGGAGUCAAAGGGAAACGUGCCGUACCACGCAACGGUGAGGUACACGCACAAGAACGGCAACGAAGUUUUUGUGUUGUGCAGAGGAACCAUCGUAGACUGGUUACCGGACGGCACGCCGUGGAGAAUGCUGGGAACACACACCGACGUCACGGACAUUGUCAAGAAAGACGCCGUCGAAGCACAGUCCGUGUUCAUCGCAAGAAUGUCUCACGAGAUAAGGUCACCCAUUUGCUCAAUUUUAAAUGAGUGCGAGCUGCUCCAAAACGAAGCGCAGACCAGCGUCAUCUCGAGGACGUGUCAGCAACUCAUUGCUCUCACGGACGACAUUCUUUCCCUAGGAGAUUCAAAAUCGAAUGCGUUGCAACUCGAGCAGAAAGAGGUCAUCCUCCAAAGUGUACUGAGCCAGUGCAACAAGAGGCAUCGUCUCGAGGCUAAGAAGAAGGGCAUUCGUGUCAAGCUAUCGAUGGGGGAUUUACCAGACAUUGUUCUCAUGGAUGAGACGCGCUUCAAUCAGAUCCUGGACAACCUCAUGAACAAUGCCAUCAAAUACUCUGAUUCUGGUGCAAUCACAAUCGACGUCGAUUAUGACUACGAUGACCACGUGUGCGAGAUACGUGUGCAGGACCAUGGUCACGGCAUCCCGGCCGCCAUGCACGCGAAGGUGUUCGAAGAGUUCGUGCAGGGUGACAAGACCAUGCAAGGUGCCGGCAUUGGCCUCACCCUGACUAAAACCAUGUCUAGCCUCAUGGGCGGGGAUGUUGUAAUAGAAGACUCGAAGGAGGGCGUUGGGACCACUAUGCUGUUCACGUCCAUUCUACCUCUGCCGGACGACGGCGCUUGUUCGGAUAAAAAGAAGCGGUGCGUGGUUAACAUUCUCAUUGUCGACGACAUGCGAACCAACCGAUCCAUCUUGACCAGACGUCUAGCGUGCAUGGAAAAGUUGGGGAUCAGGCACACGCAAAUCACAGAGGCUGUGGAUGGUCGUGACGCGUGUGAAAAGUUUGUGGCGGGCAACGGAGACUUCCAGCUCAUUCUCAUGGACUGCCUGAUGCCCGUCCUCGACGGUUUUGAGGCCACGUCCACGAUACACAACCAUUGCGCCAGGAUGGGAAUCGAACCCGUGCCGGUCGUAGCGGUCACCGCGAGUGUCAGCUCUGACAUACGCGAAAAGUGCCUGAACCACGGGAUGAAGUUCGUUGUAACGAAACCAUAUACGGAGCAGGAUUUGCUUCUGUCUGUUCAAGCUUGCCUUCAAAACUCCAUUAAAUAUGUCACAUGA